AUGAAGCUACGUGGUGUGUUCCGAGGGACCAAGCUGCCAGCGGGACAGCACACCAUUGGUACCAAGUGGGUGUUUAAGAUCGAGCGCGAGGCUGAUGAACCGAUCGAAACGUACAAGGCGCGUCUCGUGGCAAAAGGGUUUAAGACAAGAAAUGACAUUGACUUCACGGAGACGUUCUCGCCAGGCGUCAAGUAUGUGACGCUUCGCAUGGGACCAGUGUUUUGCGCGGUCCCAGAGGGUGUAGAAGUCACUGAAGACUUUGACUGCUUCGAGAUGGUUAAAGCAAUCUACAGGCUGAACAAGCUUCACGGGUAUGGAAAGAAAUUUUCCAUGAGCUCGUCUGCUCUAUCAGACUUCAAGCGUCCGACUUUGACCCAUGCAUCGAUUUCAAGGUCGCAAGCGGACAGUGCGUGUUUGAUGGUCUACGUCGAUGAUGUGUUGGUGACUGGCAUCUCGACCGAAAUGAUUGCGCCGAUUCGGCAUGAGCGAUUGCAAAGCUGUCAUCAGCCCAACGGACAUCACCCCUCGACUCCACCAAGUAACGCAGCGACCAAUAUCGACGCUCCGUUUCAUCAAGCAGUGGGUGCCUUAUUGCACUUGACGACCGCGACACGACCGGACAUUGCCUUUACUGUGAGCUAUGUUUCGCGCUUCAUGGAUAAACCGCAAGUCGAGCACUGGAUGUCGGUCAAGCGUAUUGUGCGAUACUUGCAUGGAUCCAAAUCGCACGGCAUCUGCUUCAAACUCGACGACAAGAUGGAUUUCUACGGCUACUCGGAUGCAUACUGGGCCGGCAACCAUGUGAAUCGCAAGUCUACUUAG